CUUAUAGCUUAUGUCAUAUUCUAAGGGGUCAAAUGCCGGAAUCAGUAGGCAUCGAAGAGCUUUCGAGAGCGGAUCUCAGUCAGAAUGACAUUCCCGGUGCUUUCGGUUAUUUUCUUGGUGAUCCACCAACUAUUUUGCUCCGUUUCUGGAGCGGAAUUCUAUUCCUCCAUACACGAGAUGACCAAAGUCUUUGGAUACGAACAGAAAAUGCUCCAGCAUAUGCAGAAGUUCGUAGCUGAUAAUCAGGGAAAAUUGGAUUUCCUAAAAGCUCGACUGCGAGAGUUCGAGGGUGAGCGAAAUGAGGCCCGUGAAUGGGGUCCAGCAUAUUUCGACAGUCCUCUUAACCAGUAUCUGCUAAAUAAAAGACUGACGGUAGAUUGGCAGAGAGUGGAAAACCUAAUGGAGACUUCAACAGGCGAAAAAUCCCUCAACCGCCUAAGGAAACUACGAAAUCGUGAGACAAUGCCCGAUAAAAGCGAACUUGAGGGAGCUAUAGAUGGGCUACUAAGAUUGCAGUAUGUUUAUAGACUAAAGGCCAAGGACUUGGCCAAGGGAAUUUUAGAUGGUGUGGACUAUGGCACCCAAUUGAACUCGGAGCACUGUGUAGACAUAGCUAGAUUGGCUCUUAGAGACCAGCAUCCAAGAUUGGCUCAUGCCUGGCUAAUGGAAGCUAAAGAUCGUUUAACUGAAGGUGAAAAGGAAAAAGAACUCAAGCCCCAGAUCCUGGCUCUCCUGGUGCAGGCCAAGAAGGAAUUGGAGGACUUUCGGGGACUUAAUGAAACCUACCAUGAGUUAAUCCAAGUUCAACCAGCCAGUGAGGAGCAUGCCCAGAACUACGAAAGUUUUUUGGAGUCUCUAGGUGAGAAGGCUUUCCCUAACGAAUCCAAGCCUAUCCUGGAACAUGCUCCCAUUCCGGAGGAGAAUGAGCUGGUCAGUGAGUUCCAGGCCUACAGCCUCACCUGCAGUGGCCACUGGAAACUUACUCCCAAGGAAGAACGCCAUCUUCGCUGUGGCUAUGUGACCGAGACGCAUCCCUUUCUGUGGAUAGCUCCUCUCAAGGCGGAGGAACUUUUCCAGGACCCCCUGCUCGUGCUCUACCACGAUGUCAUAUACCAAAGCGAAAUCGAUGUUAUAAGGCAGUUAACCAACAACAGGCUGAUUAGGGCCACCAUAAUUGGCAACAACACGUCGGUGGUGUCCAACGUGAGAACCAGCCAGUUCACCUUCAUUCCAGCCUCAGCCCACAAGGUUCUAGCCACCAUUGAUCAAAGGGUGGCGGAUAUGACCAACAUGAACAUGAAGUACGCGGAGAAUCACCAGUUUGCCAACUACGGAAUUGGAGGUCACUACGGCCAGCACAUGGACUGGUUCUACCCGACUGCAUUUGAGAAUAAAUUGGUCUCCUCGCCCGAAAUGGGCAAUCGUAUUGCCACUGUGCUAUUUUAUCUAUCAGAUGUAGAACAAGGUGGAGGCACUGCGUUUCCCCAAAUAAGGCAACAUUUGAAGCCGAAGAAAUACGCAGCUGCCUUUUGGCACAAUCUUCAUGCCUCUGGAGUGGGCGACGUUCGUACGCAACAUGGCGCAUGUCCCAUCAUCGCUGGUUCAAAGUGGGUUCAAAACCGCUGGAUCCGUGAGACUGAUCAAUCUGAUCGUCGACCUUGUGAACUUUGGGACGAUUCCUUGGCCACACUCGCUCAGAUUUUGGAACUAAGUAAACGCAAUGAGGCGCAGGCAGCUUCUACUUAAGUUAGGAAUAGCUGUUAAAAAUCAAAUCAAGCUUUAAGAGAACAAAGUUUAAGCUAAGAAAAAUGUAUUAAAAAUAUAAAACGAA